AUGUCGUCCUCGUCAUACGCACCGUGCGCCGCUUGCAAGUACCUCCGACGAAAAUGCACUCAGGGAUGCGUUUUCGCCCCUUACUUCCCACCCGACAACCCUCAAAAGUUCAUCAACGUCCACAAGGUGUUCGGUGCAAGCAACGUGGGCAAGAUCCUAAACGAGCUUAGCCCCGGAGGGCAGAGAAACGAGGCCGUAAACUCACUUGCUUACGAGGCAGAGUGUCGCAUCAAGGACCCAAUCUACGGCUGUGUGGGCCUCGUCUCCCUUCUCCAACACCAUCUCCGCCAGGUCCACCAGGAGAUCGACCGGGCCCGCCAGGAGCUUGCCACCUACAUCGGCCCAGCCGCCGCUAUGCAGCCACACAACUUCAAUUUCAAUCAGGCGGCCGGGCAGCAACUCGCCGUGAUUCAAGAGCCUCAACUGCAGAUGAAUGCAGCUCUGGCUCCUGCUCACGACCAGCAGCAGCAACAGAUGUACGUUCAACAACUGCAACAACAACAACAACAACAGAUGUACGUUCAGCAACUGCAUCAACAACAACAGAUGUACGUUCAACAGCAACAGAAUGAUAUUGUGAGGUUUAGCGAUGAAGGAAAUCAAGAAUCGGGAGCAUUCGGGCAUAUUCCAGCUGCAGUUGUGGCCACUGGUGUGGAGGCAGAGAUUGCCUUGGGUGGUGGUGGUACACUGGAGGAGGUUGUGGCUGAGGUUGAGGCUGAUGCUGUGCAGACUUAUGAGUAUCAAGUACGGUAA